AUGUACCAUCAUCAGAGUUCAGAAGACGAGCCGAUCUACACUUACCAAAUACGAGAUACGCCCAGGUUCGAAGAGAAACCAUCGUCCGUGCUGUUACCGUUGGCUGUUUCGAUACCGACCUGGGACGACACAUCCGGGACAAAUGAGGCUUCAGGCAAACAUGAGAAUUACGACGGAGGCCACGUAACGCAGCCUGACGUCCCAUACCUGCGAUGGUGGUUGUGGGAGAUCCUCGCUGCUCUCCUCGGAGUGGCUACCCUAGUGGCCAUGGCGGCUGUGUUGAGAGCGUACGAUGGCAAGCCUCAAGAUUCGUGGCCCAUCGGCAUACUCACUAUCAACGGUCUGAUGGCCAUUCUCACGACUAUAUGCAAGGGCUCCUUCAUGACCGCGGUUGCGGCGGCGAUCAGCCAGUCGAAGUGGAACCGAAUGUCCCGCUCCAGCACCAAGCUCGAAGAUUUUGCAACUCUGGACGAGGCUUCGAGAGGUACAUCGGGGAGUCUGCGGAUGGUUCUCAAGCACUGGCCAUUGCACAUCGCCUAUCUCGGCGCUUUAAUCACCGUCUUAGCCUUAGGCUUUGAGACUUUCUUGCAACAGCUGAUCUCCCUCAGGAUUGAGCUAGUGCCAGGAGGCCCUGACAGCCCAAUAGGCGACGUUCCUCGAACUCAAUUCUUCAGUACAGCAGUAGGGUACGGCAACGGAUGGUCGCCUUCCUCUGCAACCCGACUUGGCAUUUACGAAGGUUUCAUGUCCAACAGCAUUGGCCAUCCUCCAGCUACGUGCCCUUCGGGGAACUGCACCUGGCCAAUCAUACCCACCGUCGGAGUCUGCGGGGCCUGCGUCGAUGUUACCGACGAUAUUGUGUAUAAUCGGUCUACCACGGAUUAUCAUUGCAGCCUCAAAGUAGGCAAUCUGGAAAUCCCGCGGGCCUUCUGCUCUUCCCGCAUGCUCGACUACAUGCAGAUCUUCACCAUGGGAAACGGCUCUGGACGCGUGUUUGAAUCGCUGGCCGACCAGCAAGUCUCCGCACGCUCACCAGUUCUGAUCGCCAACUUCGGCGGCCUGGGGCUCCCAGACAGCAAGAGUCUCACGUCCGGCUUGGACGACGCAAGGGCCACCGACUGUGCACUCUGGUACUGCCUCCAAACGCACAACGUCAGCGUGGAACAAGGCGUGCUGAAAGACACGGUAUUGAAGACCUGGGCGAAGGCGAGAGUGGACUUCCCGGGAACUGCCGGUGGCAAAAUCCCCUUUAUCGACAUCCCGGCCGACAUGAACGUGUCGUCAUCAGACGAGUAUGCUGUUACAAAUGCACAAAUGAUUGCCAUGAGGCACUACGCAGAAAAGACGUUUGUCGGCAACGCUUCUGCUGACGGGGGUCUUGAAUACAAGGAGGCAUUCACAGACUAUGCCGAUGGCCUUUGGAGGAACAUUGACAACGUGAAUCCGUGGAUCGAGCGAGUCGCGCGGAGUAUGACGAACGAGAUCCGAAUGAACACGACAGGUGGUGGCAGUGAAGCUCGGUACCGGGGUACUGCUUACGUGGGCCAAGUGAUCAUCGGAAUCACCUGGGGCUGGAUUGCUUUUCCGGCGACGCUUGUCAGUUUGUCGCUUCUUUAUCUCAUUUAUGAGAUGCUGCACACGUACCGGCUGAACGUCAGGGUCUGGAAGGCUGACCCUCUCGUUCCACUCUGCACCAAGCUGGAAGAUGACUUGGUACCGCUGGCCAGGCAGGGCACUGACAGGCCCGGUGGGAUUAAGAAGACGAUAGGAGACCGACGUAUGCGUUUGGAUAUAAGGGAAGGGAAACUUAUAGGGCUUAUGCAGGAGUCCUAA